AUGGCUGCACCUAGAAAAUAUGGACUGCAGCAGUUCAAGGAAGUAGCUCAGCUCAUUACCACCAGCAAGUUAAGGGCAAUUAAGGAUGGGCAAGAAAACCAGGAGUCCACUGGAAAUAGAGACCCAGAAGCAGAUAUGCAAUGUAUCACAACCACCCUCAGACAACUGGAUCUGUCAGGAUGGUACUGGGGUUCUCUCACAGCCAGCGAGGCCAAGCAACAACUCAACAAGAUGCCUGAAGGAACCUUCCUCAUCCGAGACAGCUCACACCCCAGCUAUCUGCUGACGCUUUCGGUGAAGACCAAUCGCGGUCCGACAAACGUCCGGAUAGAGUACAGCAAUGGCAAGUUCUGCCUGGAUUCGUACUACUUGGCCAAGCCCAGGAUCCUGGCCUUCAAUGAGGUUCUCAGCCUCAUCCAGCAUUAUGUCACCUCUUGCAUCGUGGACCGGUAUGACAAAUCAGCUGAUUCAGUGCCCCUGCCCCCUAAGGAUACCGCCAUCCACCUAAAACUCAUCAAACCCCUUCACCGAAAGGAUUCAUUCCCCUCUCUUCAGCACUUAUGUCGAUUGGCUAUUAACAGAAUAACACACCAAGUGGAUAAGCUGCCGUUGCCAAAAAGCGUCCAGGAAUAUUUGGAAGAAUACCCUUUCCUCCUCUGAGAUAGUGUUGGUUUUCUUUUUGGUGGAGUGAUGAGUGAGGAGGGGUUUUGGUAGAGAAAGCACAGACCGUUUUGUAGGCUCCUGUUUCCUGGCUGAGAGAUGACCACUCAAUGGGUUUUCUGAGAACAUUAAUGGGUUUUUGUUUGAAACUGCACGUUGCGUGCUGGACAAUUGAACAGACUUCCUUGGUUUCAUUGUACUGGAGCAGGUCCUGUGGACUUAUUCGAAAAACUAAAAUGUGAAUUAAGAAAGAGGCUAAGGAAGCAGACUGGAAAGACAUAAUAUGGAUAUGCAAAGAAAAAAGAACUCUACAGCUUUUGUAUUAUUGAAUGCACUUUGAUUAUUUUUAAAGUUACCUGUUUUUAAAAAAAAGUCAAAAACAUUUUCUAAUAAAGUAUUAUAAAACACA